AUGGCUCCCACGAGGUCCAAAUCGGUGCAGGCCCACCUCUCCGAGAGCGGAAGCAAGUUGCGGCCUAUACUGACGAAUUUAAACGGCGACAACUCCUGGCUUGUGUCAUUUCCACUCCCAGAGAACGAGAGACAGGCCAACGGGAAGGCCUUCUUCCACAUCGUCUCCGAUCCAUGGUUAACCGGCCCAGCGAGUGCAUUCGGAUCCUAUUAUGCAGCCAACGUCUCCCUUCCCCACCCUCCCGCCUACAAGAGUGGCGGUGAAGUUGAAGCCAUCGCCUAUGAGAUUGAACAACUAGCCCGGGACACCGGACACACCUCGACGGCUCCGACUACUAGUAGCUGUGACAGUGUCAUUGACCUCAUCUCGAUAGCCCAUCAGAACACCGAUCACAACCACGAGGAUACCCUCAGGACCUUCCGGAGGAAUAUCCCAGUGGUAGCAGCCCCGGCUCCUGCGACAGCCAUCCGGGCCAUGAAACACUUCGAGACAGUGGUGGACUCAAUGGAACUCGUUACCGGGACUCCUUCUUUUCAAUCGCUGCACCCUGGGUCUUCCGUCCUGCCAGCCUGGCUCAGUAUAUUUGGGCUCACCGCGGCCUCCGUCGUGAACUUUGCCACUGCUUUCGUCUGGUCGCACCCUGAAAACGGCACCACAAAGCACGAAAUCAUUAUUAAUGCCCCUCAUGGUAUCAAAAUUGGGGAGCCAAGCGUCCAGAAGUUUAUUUCUCUCCUCAACCAGGACCACGACACAACAGUCUUGGCACUGCUACAUAGCCUCAAGUCGAAUUUCGCCCGGAUCGGACAGUUCACGUUUGGCGUGCAGGGGGGACUUGAGCUGGAGAGACCGAUGAGGCCGAAUUACUGGAUUAUCACAGAUAGCUCAAAGCUCAUCUAUGGGGGUGUCUUGUUUUGGUUAUUAGGACCGUAUGAUGUGUUUCACACGAUGGAAUGGGCCCUUGAGAAGGAAGCCGAGAAGAAUGGUGGGGUUCAAGGCAGGCGGCCAAACCACCUUGAGGUGGAAAAUGGGGAUUGGUUUGUGCUCAAGCAGUGA